GACUCCCAGGAAAGCUGCACUCCGCCGCAGCCGCAGCGCAGGGCAUUCUCUCAGGGAGAGCUUGAACUUGGCCCUACACGGUCCCCCGAGAUGAUCUCGGGGCUCCCCGGAAUGGAGUCACAUUUCGAGACGAGCUGACUUCUACUCACCAGCCUCGGUAGGAGCCCGCUGCCGUUUGCGACUGUCUCUGGAUCGGGAAAGGGACGGUCCUUGCCACUGCCCCUGCAAUGUUGCUGGGACGUUGUCCUCGUGGGUGCCCCUGACACAAAGCCUAGCGCUCCCCAUUCGGCUGGCCGGACUAGGAGUUGCGGGGCGGGGUCCGAGCUGGAUGUGUGGUCCUCGUGGGACUCUGCGGGCGAGGGGGCUGCGGGUGCGUUGCAGUCGCACUCUGGGAGGGCGCGAGUGCAGGGGUCUUUAGAGCUUCUAGGGGCUUCCAACUCCGGGGAGGGCCUCUCUGGUCUCCCUUUUCUUGACUCUUGCCCCUUUUGCCUGGAGACUUCUGUGGUCCUGAAGACCGCGGGAGGGGCCGCAGCGUCCCCGCCUUCGGAGCAGCCCGAGCCGCAGGAUGCGCAGGGACUCGCCGCCGCCCUCGGAGCCCAGUUCCGCCUGUGCUUCCCCGGCGGCGACCCGGCGCUGACUCUCCCGGCUUCUCCGCCCUCCUUGCCUCCCGCUGUGCGCCCUGGAUCCGCCGGGAGCUGUUCCUGUCGCACUGGCCACGGCGUGAACAAUAAAUUAAUGCCUCUCGCUUGAGGGGAGGGGGCGGUUUAGCGCCUGGGUCGCAGCUUUCUCGCCUGGCUGGAGACAGCCACAGCCGACAUGGGCUGUUUCUGCGCUGUUCCGGAAGAAUUUUACUGCGAAGUUUUGCUCCUGGACGAAUCCAAGUUAACCCUCACCACCCAGCAGCAGGGCAUCAAGAAGUCAACGAAAGGUUCCGUCGUCCUUGACCAUGUAUUCCGUCACGUAAACCUUGUGGAGAUAGAUUAUUUUGGGCUGCGAUACUGUGACAGAAGCCAUCAGACAUAUUGGCUGGAUCCUGCAAAAACCCUUGCUGAACACAAAGAACUGAUCAACACUGGACCUCCAUAUACUUUGUAUUUUGGUAUUAAAUUCUAUGCUGAAGAUCCAUGUAAGCUUAAAGAAGAAAUAACCAGAUACCAGUUUUUUUUGCAGGUGAAGCAAGAUGUCCUUCAGGGCCGGCUGCCCUGCCCUGUCAACACUGCUGCUCAGCUGGGAGCAUAUGCCAUCCAGUCUGAACUUGGAGAUUAUGACCCAUAUAAGCAUACCGCAGGGUAUGUGUCAGAGUAUCGGUUUGUUCCAGAUCAGAAGGAAGAACUUGAAGAAGCCAUAGAAAGAAUUCAUAAAACUCUCAUGGGUCAGGCUCCUUCUGACGCAGAGCUGAAUUACUUGAGGACUGCGAAAUCCCUGGAGAUGUAUGGCGUUGACCUCCAUCCAGUCUAUGGAGAAAACAAAUCUGAGUAUUUCUUAGGAUUAACUCCAGUCGGUGUUGUUGUCUACAAGAAUAAAAAGCAAGUGGGGAAGUAUUUCUGGCCUCGGAUUACAAAGGUUCACUUCAAGGAGACACAGUUUGAACUCAGAGUACUGGGAAAAGAUUGCAAUGAGACCUCUUUCUUCUUUGAAGCUCGAAAUAAAACUGCGUGCAAGCACCUUUGGAAGUGCAGUGUGGAACAUCAUACGUUUUUUCGGAUGCCAGAAAAUGAAUCAAAUUCAUUGUCAAGAAAACUCAGCAAGUUUGGAUCCCUGAGUAAUAAGCACCGGUAUAGUGGCAGGACAGCAUUGCAAAUGAGCCGAGAUCUUUCUAUUCAACUUCCCCGCCCAGAUCAGAAUGUGGCAAGAAGCAGAAGCAAGACUUAUCCCAAGAGAAUAGCACAAACACAGCCAGCGGGAUCAAAUAGCAUAAGUCGGGUACCUGCAAAUGUGGAGAAUGGAGAAAAUGAAGGAACAACUAAAAUCAUUGCACCUUCACCAGUAAAAAGCUUUAAGAAGGCAAAGAAUGAAAACAGCCCUGAUACACAGAGAAGCAAAUCUCAUGCACCAUGGGAAGAAAAUGGUCCCCAGAGUGGACUCUACAACUCUCCCAAUGACCGCACGAAAUCCCCGAAGUUCCUCUACACUCGCCGCCGAAACCCCUCUUGUGGGAGCGACAACGACUCUGUGCAGCCAACGAGGAGACGGAAAGCCCAUAACAGUGGUGAAGACUCAGAUCUAAAGCAAAGGAGGAGGUCACGCUCACGCUGUAACACAAGCAGUGGGAGUGAAUCAGAAAAUUCUAAUAGAGAACACCGGAAAAAGAGAAACAGAAUACGGCAGGAGAACGACAUGGUCGAUUCAGCGCCUCAGUGGGAAGCUGUAUUGAGGAGACAAAAGGAAAAAACCCAGGCUGACCCCAACAAUAGGCGAUCCAGACACAGAUCUCGCUCGAGAAGCCCUGAUAUCCAAGCUAAAGAAGAGUUAUGGAAGCAUAUUCAGAAGGAACUUGUGGAUCCAUCGGGGCUGUCAGAAGAACAAUUAAAAGAGAUUCCAUACACUAAAGUAGAGACCCAAGGAGACCCGAUCCGCAUCAGACAUUCUCACUCUCCGCGAAGUUACCGCCAGUAUCGAAGGUCCCAGUGCUCGGACGGAGAGCGCUCGGUUCUGUCGGAAGUGAACUCAAAAACGGACCUUGUGCCCCCGCUUCCUGUGACCCGCUCUUCAGAUGCCCGGGGUUCUGGGGGCGCCACGGUUCAUCAGAGAAGAAAUGGGUCUAAAGAUAGCCUGAUUGAGGAAAAAUCUCAGGCAUCUACAAGCAAUCUGGCUGGAAAACAUAUAGCAAAAACAGUAAAAACUAUCCAAGCUUCACGCCUCAAGACAGAGACUUGAUCCCAGUGAGGGGCUUGGGGUGGGGGUGGGGUGGGAGGGGGUGUGUGCUGCCUUUACUUUGAAGCUGUGAAUUAUCAUUAUUCAAGUGUCUUGGAGCUGCAAGUGUUUGUUCAGAUGAAUUGAGUCUGUUGCUUCUUUAAAGGUUUAACUACAGUAUAUUUGUGCUGAAGGGCCUUUUUAUUUGGUAACUGGAAGGACAGUCUUGUAAAGACUCAUUCACUGGAUCCAUAUCCACAACCAAAACCAGAUGCUUCCGACCUGAGGUCUGGAAUCCUGGACCGCAGCUGGCUAACCGCACAACAGCAGCACGCCAGGUGGGAUGAGGUCUUCCCAGCUCUGGGUGGGUCUUGGCCUGUGAAGAUGCGUGACAACUGUGGUCACAUCACUUUGAGACUGUAGAUAUUUUUAUUCAUAUAAAUGUUCUUUGUAAAACUGUAUUUUGUGGCAUUGAGUUCCACUGGUUAUUUACAAAUGUAAAGCUUUUUGUUUGAAAGCAUUGCUUUUAAUUUCUAGUGUUUUCAUUAAAAAAAGCUAUAUGUGGA